AUGGAGGAGAAGGCAGAAAUCAUAAAAUGGGUCAGGAUGGGCAUCCUCAAGAUCUCCAGGGAAUUGGCCAUAGAUGUCAUGAUGAGGUCAAGAAAAGCUUCGGAUUUCUGCUGUUUUGUUUCUUCAGCAUACAUUACAAUCGGAAAAACGUCCAGUGAUACUAGCACUGCCAAUGCUGGAUCCAGUACAAUCUCAACUGCCUCCGGAACACCUACCAUUGCUGGAACCAGCCCAAAUUCCAAUGUGAUCACUACAACAUCCAGUGCUAGAUCCAGUGUACCCUCUGAUGGAACUAGCACAGUUGCCAGUACUGAAUCCAGUGGGAACAACACAACUUCCAGCACUACAUCCACCCUGACCUCCAGUGGGGACAACACAACCUCUAGCACUGCAGCCACCUUGACCUCCAGUAGGGAUAGCACAACCUCCAGCACUGCAUCUGCCUUGAUUUCCAGUGGAGACAGCACAACCUCCAGCACUGCAGCCACUGCAACCUCUAGUGGGGCCAGUACAACUGUCUACACUGGAUCCAGUGUAACCUCCAGUGUAAACAGUAUAACCUCUAACACUGUAUCCAGUAUAAUCUCUCACAGGACUAGCAUGGUUUCUAACACUGAGUCCAGUGUGACCUCUGGUGAGACCAUCAAAACCUCCAACUCUGGAUUGAGUAUAACCUCCAGAGACUCUAGCACACCUGGAAUACACACAGCUUCCAACAGAAUUAGCACAAGUGUUGCUACUCCUGUGAUUGAGGUGAAGCCCAGUGGGUCCCUGAAGUCAUGGGAAAUUUUCCUCAUCACCCUGGUCUCUGUUGUAGUGGCCGUAGGGCUCGUUGCUGGGUUCUUCUUUUAUGUGAGAAACUGCUUGUCCCUGAGAAACACCUUUGACACAGCUGUCUACCAUCCCCAUGGUCCCUACCUUGGCCGGGGCUCCAGUCCAGGAGGGAAUCAUGGAGCACCCCACAGAACUUCAUGGAGCCGUAAUUGGUUCUGGAGGAAACCAGUAACCUCAGUGGCCAUGGAGAUGAGUGGGAGAGAGAACUGCCCAAGUAGCUCCUGA